ACUGCUCUGUGGUAUCUGCCGCAUCGAAAUGGCCCUCGAUGGAUCGGUCUGUUAGCCUCAUUUUCCAAUCGACCUUGACGCGAAACAAUUCCUGUCAUGCUGACAACCUUCACGUCUGUCGCGGUGCUCAGUAGUACACUACUGCUCCAGACUCAAGCUCACCAAGUCGUGUACGUUCCGUCUCCGACAUGGACUCGAGCGAACUCGACGUCUACCGAGCGUCGGGUGCUCUGGAACCCCUUGUCCUUCCUUGAGAAAGAAGGUUACACUACACAAGAGAACUUCACCCAGUAUCAAGUGGACAACGGCUACAAAAGUCUCCGCGAUUUUAUGGAUAACGCAAAGUACUCGGUCACUGACGGAGCCGAUCAAGCCUGUGGAUGGACCGACCCGAAAGGUGUCCCACAGCAGAUUCCAGAAGACGGUACUAUGCGUACUUCCGGCUACACCCACGACGGUCCCUGUGAGAUCUACAUGGGGGACACACUGGCAUUGUCUUAUCUGAACUGCCACGAGUCGAUCACGGAUCAAACGUUCAAGUUGGACUAUAGCGCCUGCGGUGAUAGCUGCGUGCUAUACUGGUACUGGUUGGGUGUUCGUUACCUAAAAAAGAAGUACUCGUGGCAGGUGUACAAGGAGUGUAUCCCGCUGUACUCGGGCUCUGGCGGUGCCCCAUCGACCGAAGUGUCUGCGGCUGGAUCGGCUGCAGCCCCAGAAGCUGAUUCCACUACGGUGGGCUCUUCCAACGAAACUCCGACGGAAUCAACCGAGGCUCCUACGAGUUCGACGAUAGAACCGGUUGAGACCACGCAAACGGAGGCUCCUUCGACGGAUACGGCGUCGACGCCGACCCCUGCUACGACGCCGAAGUGCAAAGCAGCUCGCAAACGCAUUCGAACGUAAGCAGUCGAAGGUUUGUUGAUGGAUGAACUUUUGAGUUGUUGUACAACGUGUUGGUAAAUGCUUUCCGAUUGAGUUUGAUUAGCUUCCACGUCACGUUUAAAAGAAUUAAGUGCUUCUCACAUGUUGGAUGCUGCUUGAAUUGGUGCACGUGAUUCUAUUGAGCCGCUGGUGUUCAGAUUGUAUAGCGUGAGCCUAAGAAUCUGGUAAUGCUGAAAUCCUUGAUUUAACGGCGUUGCAAAAGCAGUCCCGCGUUCUUUCAAAAUGUCCGGUUGAGCAUCAGGCUU